CAUUCUUCUCCAUUUCUCCUAUAUAAACUAACCAUCCUUUAUUCACUCUCUCUCACAAGACCCUCUCGACUGUUUUGUCAGUUCUCAGCAAUUCACUCACAAGAGACCAACACAUUUCCCCAAUCCAUGGCUCUUCCCAAAUUACCUCUGCUUCUCUUUCUCUCCUCCCUCCUCCUUCGCGCAGCACUUGGUGAGAUUUUCUGCGACGAUUUGCCCAAGGAUUUGUGCGCAUUUUCAAUAGCCUCAUCUGGGAAGAGGUGCCUAUUGGAGACGUAUUUGAAGAGAAGUGGGAAGGUGGCGUACCUGUGUAGGACAUCGGAGGUUAUCGUGGAGCGACUGGCAGAUCAUAUAGAGACAGAUGAGUGUGUAAAAGCUUGUGGAGUUGAUAGAAACUCUGUUGGUAUUUCUUCUGAUUCACUUCUUGAACCUCAGUUUUCUUCCAAGCUUUGCUCUACUUCUUGUUACCUCAGAUGCCCCAAUAUUGUCGAUCUUUACUUCAAUUUGGCUGCUGGCGAAGGUGCAUUUUUGCCGGACCUGUGUGCUGCAGUGAGGACCAAUCCCCGCCGUUCUAUGAUGCAAUUGAUGAGCUCAGGAGCAGCCUAUGGUCCAGUUGGCAGUGACAUGUCAAGAGUUUCUUUCACCGGGGCUUUUCCUCCUGCUCCUGCUCCUAUUUAUUAAAUUAAAUUAAAUCACUGUUCAUGGCUUCUUUAUAAAUUUUUAUUAUAAAUUUAUUAGUGCGAAGUCAAUCAGUAAUAAAAUUUGAGUUGAGAAAUAGGAUUGAGAUAGCAAAUUUGGAUUUUCCUUUUGCUGCUAUUUGCUCUUGUUGGGUUAAUUUGCUGGGAAUUUUUUUUGAAAUAGAACCGAAAAUUUUGAUAGUAAAA